UGACAUCUGUCAAAAAAUCUAAAACGUCGUUUAGGUAAAGAUUAUUAAAUAAUUAAUUUAUUUAACAAAAAAAAUGCUUAUUUACGGAAUAUUAUUAAGCGUUUUAAUCCUAAUAUUAUCAAUCAUCUUUUAUUUAAGAAGUUCAACCCCCACAAAGAAUAACCAAGAAAAUAGACCUAGACCUGUACCGAACAGGCUUCGAGAUGGGGCACCUCGCCGAGCUCAAAUGGCUCGAAAUAGAGGGGCUCGAUUACGUGCGAAUACUCAACAACAAGAAGAUGAAGUCUCCGAUAACGAAUUAGAAGUGGACGAUGAAGAAAAAAUUGAUCUUCCCGAAGGAAAAAUUGGGGCGAAAAAGAUGGCUAAAUUACAAGCGAAAGCUGAAAAGAAAGCCCAAAGGGAAGCCGAUGAACAAAUGCGACAAGAAAAAAAGAAAAAGGAUCAACAAGCGUUAGAAGAGAAAAAGAAGCAAGAUGAAAAGGAAAAAGCUGAAGAAUUAAAACGAGAGGAAGAAGAAAAAUUGGCUCGGGAGGAAAAAGAACGUAAAGAAUACGAGGAAUAUUUAAAAAUGAAGGAGGCGUUUACGGUUGAUGAAGAGGGAUGCGAACAUGAAGAAGACGAACAGAAUUUAUUACAAGAAUUUGUGGGGUAUAUUAAAUCGCAAAAAGUGGUUGUUAUUGAAGAUUUGGCUGCUAAAUUUAGGUUGAAAACUCAAGCCGCUAUCGAUCGAUUAAAAGAUUUACAAGCCGAUGAUAUUUUAACUGGUGUAAUUGACGACCGAGGGAAGUUUAUUUAUGUAUCGCAGGAAGAAAUGGAUGCUGUUGCCAAAUUUAUACGACAAAGAGGGAGAGUUUCUAUUACUGAAUUAGCAGAAAAUAGUAAUCAAUUGAUUAAUUUAAUUCCUACAACACAAGUUACGUAAUAAAUAAUACAAAUAUUUUAAAAA